AUGUCCUGUAGUCCAGCAUUCUUCAAUACGACAGAAUCCCUAAAGCAUGUGACGCCUCUUCCUGAUGGCGUCAGCGCUGCGAAAGGCAUAGAAAUGCUCCAAGGACAUGUAUUUUUUAUUCAGUUCAACCCGCACAUGAUAAAGUACGAACUGGUAGACACGCCAAAUGAUCCAGUCCCAGAACUUGCCACUGAUCGGGGCCUCACCGGCGUCGCGGCGCCAAAGUGCUACAAAGUCACGGACAAGGUGCACGCCCUUCCAGCGGGACUAUGGGACUCGGAUGUGGUGAGCACGUAUGAAUUCAUCAACCUGGAAAAGGGCGUGUUUGUGAGGAUACGAAGCCCAUUGAACACUAUCAUGGAGACAGUGUGGACGAUUGAGGCGAAGGAUGGCGGGGGUUAUGAGUUGAUUGAGGACGUGGUAAUCAAAUGUUCCAGGCUUCUGGUCAGCGUCAUCAGGAAUACGUGCGAAGGAAGCUGGCAGAGUAUACAUGAAAAGAUGGUGGAAGAGAUCCGAAAGGAAUCAUGA